UCCUGUGCAGUUUCGUCAGUUCUGGCUUCUAACCCUCCCGUUUGUCCCUUGUGGAGUGGCCACGGCCAUGGGAAGCAGCGGAGGUUCUGUCCGGCCUCGUGUGUCACCAGGAACAUUGUUGCCCGUGUUCUGCUUCCGGAGCCACUUGGGAUGAGGCUGCGCAGAGUCGGGAAGGUCCAGGCAGGUUGGAGCGGAUUCUGCUGCUUUCCUUUCUGAACGUGCUUAUUAAAGUGGCCCUGGGAUCAGCUGAGCUUCAGAAGGUGCUUCUAGAGCUUCAUGCAGAAGGCACAGGGGUCACUUGCAUAGAGGGACCAACAGCAACAUGGAUGACCAUUCCCCUCAGACCUUUGAGCUCUGUCGCUUUCAUGAAUUUAAACCUGCUGUUAAUAAUACGGUUCCUAGGGCCAAAAGGCCCUGUUAUUCCUCCAGGGAUGCCCAGGUGCUGCAGGCAGCUAAGAAAGCCUGUGUGUUGAGUCAUCACUGUAUCUUUCCAUGUCCAUCAGAGAAGCUGCUGCUCUCUUCCCCAGAGUCUUCCUCCUUUCAAGAAUCCUCCCUUUUUCUGGAUGAUACUGACCCUGAUGAGCUCGUUGCCGGUUCUUCUCGGUCAAAGUACGAUGAUGUAGCCAUUUCUCUAGAUACCAGCAGAUGUUUUGAAGAUAGUGAGCCAGACGACUCCUUGUUGGAACUGUCAGACAGUGAACAAGGGAAUUCUCCCUUCAAUUACACUGAGGAAGAGAUCCAGGAAAUCUUGGCAGAUGAUUGCUUAGGAUCUGAGCAGUAUACAACUAGAAAAAGCCCUGUGAGCCAAAAUGUAAAUGGAGAGAGUGAAAAGGCUGUGAGCAGCAGCUGCACUGGGGCAUCGGUCAUCAGUGAAGAUGUAAAGGUAGCAUCAAAGAUCUCAAAGAAACCAAAUAUACCUCUGGCUAGGGUGUGUUCUUCACUUGAGCCAGAGUAUUAUCCUGCCCGUGCAAAUGAAACAACUAAUUCAAAUGUGAAUGAUGUGCAGUCAGCCGAAGUAACUGGCAUGUUGUUUGACCUUGAUAUUCAGGAGCUUCUCAAUCUUAGCCCAAUUGAUGCUGACUAUGUAGAUCAGCCUCUGGAGGAGAGUUAUUUGGAAGAAACCGAAAGAGAAAUCUCCCAAACGAUAAGUGAUUGCCUAGGAUAUGAUAAAAUGAAUACUAGUAACUUAUUUCUUGGAGAACCUUUAGAAUGGCUGAUGCCUAAAGGGCAGCGUAGCCUGGGCAUGGAUCCCGUGGGAAAAACUGCAUUUGUGAGCAGAGAGAUGACUGACUUCCGUGAUGGUCCUGCAGAAACUUCCCUGCUCUCUUCUGACUCUGCCUGUGACCAGAGUAAAGCUCAUGAGAGCUCAGCUAUGCUGGACAUGUCUCCUGAACCCCAACACCCUGAUCUUUCCGAAGCAACAAACUGCAGCUUUUCAGGGAAAUCUGACCUCUCAAAGAAUGACGGGGAGCAGGGAUCUUCAGAAGCUGAACGACCAUCAGACAGCAUUAAAUUAAGUGAUACAGCUGGGCAGAAAGAGGUAACAGGUGGGAAGAAGCUGGGCAAGGUUAUUCCUGUGCCACAGGAGGGAAGACGGGAACAAGAGACAUGUAUUCUGGAAGUGGAGCUUGACCAAAUGAAACCCUUGCAUCCAGUGUGUGUCUGCCCAUGUGAAGAGACUUGUAGAUCCUGCCCCAGGGACCUCUCAUCAGGUGAGUUGCAGCCCUACAUCCCCCAGGAAUGUGUGUCCCAGCCCUGCCUCACUCCUACCCAUCCUGAGCCCUUUUGGCAGGAGCAGGUCAGGGCCUUUUCCACACAGCAAGGAGGCGUAAGCGGUGAAGAUUACCCUUAAUCCCCUGUUAAUGCUGAGAACUCCUUCUAGCCUCUCAUUAAAUGCUCUGAUGAUUAUUAAUGGACUUUCAUUUGAGAAAA